AUGAAGGUGAACCAGCACAGCGCUUCCGAGACGACAUCGGGGCGGACGAGGAGGAGGCAGGUGGCUGUGGAAGACGCGGGUUCGAUGGUGAUCGAAGCGGCGGUGGAUGAUGCGGUCGUGGCCGAUGCGCCGGCGGAAGGCGCGGCCGCUGGCGCGACCGAGGCGGCGGCGGAAGGCGCGGGUGUGGCGAUGACCGAAGCGACGGUGGGAGGUGCAGGCGCGGUCACGACCGAGGCGGUGGUGGAAGGUGCGGGCGCUACCGAGGCAGUAGCCGACGGCGCGGGCGCGACACCGGCGACGGCGGAAGAAAAUGACUCGAACAAGGCCACGGGAAUCAAGGCGAAGGAGCGCAAGAUGUUCCUCGUGACGAUGGAAGGAUGCGAUGAGGAAGCUGAUCGCGAGGCCUAG